UUAAAAUAUAUAAAAGGUCCAUUCAUUGUUCAACAAAUGAUAAGGACAUGAAAUCUCUCUCAUACGUUCCUAGUUAUUGCUUCUCCAUCUCCACAGUCCACCAGUCUACCUUCUCCACUAUCCCACCAAGAUCCAGUCUUUCUACCUUUUUCUAUCCUAAAGCUCAAAAUCUAAACUCAGAGUUCUAACAGGUUCUACAGAUUCUAGAGCCCCACCCAUAUUCAAAAACUUCCAGAGCCAGCAGCCAUGGAUUUGCAGCAAGAAAAGAUUAACAAGAAGAAAACCACCUUCGACAGGGAUGCUAAUUCCGUGCGGAAGGAGCUACUACCAUGUACUAAAUCCUGUUGUUUCUUCUGCACCAUGAAGGAACCAAACCCAUCUCUCAGAGCAUCUGGAAUCGCCAAAUGCUUCAAAGAAAUCCCCCAGAGAGACGACCAAGAACACGUUCUGGUUCUGAGUGGGCUCUGGAAUCUCGCCAUGACUCAACCGAACGAUCCUGAAUUCCCAUCUCUCGGUAUCUUCGAAUGCAUGGCUAGCCUAAUCAACAAAGGCAUCAACAACCAUGAUUGGCUUCUCAGGGACCAGAACAUCUACAUUCCUUACUACUCCGCCCAUGUCAUCGGUUCCUACACCAUGAACAAGGCCGAAUUCGCUGAGAAAGCAGUGAAAUCGGGAGUAAUUCCACCAUUGAUUGGGCUGCUGAGAGGAAAGAUCAGUUGGGUUGAACAGAGGGUCGCUGUACGUGCGCUUGGUCAUCUCGCCAGUUACGAAAGGACCUUCAAAGCAGUUGCCGAACGCGAAGAAGAGAUUGUGAACCUCGCCAUGAACAUAGCCUCCACCUGCUUUGAUUCUGUGUACGCCAAUUUCAUCAGACUCAAGGAGAAGAAGAGGUCAAAGUACCAACGCGACUUGCUUACAAGAGGCGUUGGUGAUUUUGAUAUGGAGAAUCGAAAAGCAGAGGAAUGGGCAAGCCAGCUUCAGUGCUGGUGUCUCUAUCUCCUAAAUUGCUUUGCUUGCAAAGAGAGAUCUUUGAAUCUGAUCUGCAAAACAGAGUUCUUGAAGGAAUUGUGCGGAAUGUGGGGUGGGCUUGUAAACCAUAGCUCUCCCGCUGGAAUUGGACUGAUAAGAAUCCUCUGUUACAGCGAAACAGGGAGAAAAAGUGUUUCAGAGUCCAAAGAAGUCAUGGAGAGCCUCUGUAAUCUAUCGAGAUCAUCGGAUAAAUGGCAGUACAUGGGAAUCGACUGUCUCCUGCUACUUCUCAGGGACCCAAUUACGAGGUACCAAGCCAUGGAGAUCGCGACCCCAUAUCUGGUCGAUUUAGUUGAGCUUGAAAGCCUUGGGGGAAGAGAAAAACUAGGAGACGCAGUCACAGAAACACUGCUGCUAGACUACAAUGAGAAGAAAUCAAAAUUCAAGAAGAACAGAGGUGUGAAAAAAGCAUUGAUGGAGAUAUGGGAUUUGAAAGUAGAGAGGAGAAAGAGAGAGAAAGUGCUUUCGGAUACAGAAAUGCAGAAGAGAAGUGCUUUAGUGGGUUUACUAAAGCAACAAGGAAACGAGAGGUUCUGGUGUGGCGACAUCGAAAAAGCAGUUCUCAAGUACUCAGAAGCUCUGGAGCUCUGCCCAUUAAAGAUGAGGAAGGAAAGAGUCGUUCUUUAUAGUAACAGAGCACAGUGUCAUCUGCUACUGAGAGACCCUGAGACAGCCAUCAGCGAUUCAACUCGAGCUCUCUGCUUGUCAAGGCCUGCAAACUCUCAUGGUAAGAGUCUAUGGAGAAGGUCUCAGGCUUACGACAUGAAAGGAGGUUUGGAGAAGGAGAGCUUGAUAGACUCCAUUGUCUUCGUGAACGGCUGCUGCAUCACGUCGAUGGAGACGAAACGGGUCAAGGUUCCGUAUUACGCCGUUCGCCUGAUCAACAAACAAAUGAAUGCCACGUGGCUUUUUGCCGAAGCUCGUUCUAAGAGAUCAAAGUCAAACAAACCAGGCCACCGUAAUGGCGUGCAUGAGUACUCUAACGGCGAUGCGGGUGAGCAUUCCAAUGAUGAUGACAUGAUCAUGAGGGGGAGUAUGGGCCCCACUACAACAGGUCUGUCUACAAUCUUGGAGGAGCCUUUGCUUGAAAAAGGACGGUGGAGAUCAAAGCUGGAAACUACAACCAUAAGGCGCAGGAAGAAGCAGUCUUCCACCGCUCGGAAGGCUGAGAAGAACACAUUCGAUAUCAAAAUAAACGCUGGCAAGGAGGCUGAGGAGCCAAGAGAAGUCGAGGACGGGGGUAGGGAAAUACUGGAACUUCAGAUCAUUCGAACCCAACUCGUAAAACCUAUAAGGUUUACAUUUGUACACAGAACAGAGUCAAAAGACAGCUAA